CCCGGCGCGGCGCGGUACGGCCCGGCUCGGCCCGGCCCGGCCCGGCCUGGCGGGAGGGCGGCUGCGAUCCGCCGCGGCCGGCGAUGGGAGAUGGAAGGAGCCGGCGGUGCGGCAGAAGCACUUGUGUGGGAUAAUGAUGUAUCGGCUCAUGCCCAGACUGUUGCCAAGGCCAAAUAUGAAUUUUUAUUUGGCUUGGAAGAAAACAAGCCUUCAGAAAUGGGUAGUGGCCAUGGAAGCAGCACUUUGCUCCCUCAUACCAUCAUCAACGAAUUUCCAGAGUAUGGCACCGUAGAGCCAAGUGGAGACGCACUGAGGUCUUCAUCACUGCGCCAGGCAGAGCCUGUGACACGCAGUCCAGAAAGACGGGAUGGUCACCACCGGGUACCUGACAGGCCCCUGCCUCUGCGUGCGUCUCCUGCAGAUGAUUCGAGACCUGGUGCUGGGGCAGCACAGCUGCAGACCCCAGAAGAAGGUUUGCAACCUGCGGGUAACCUGCCAGAGAUCAUGAAAAUCUCUCGACAGCUGGAAGCAGCAAAGGUGCAAGAGAGAGCAAAUACUUCUCUUGAUUCAGAGACACAAAUGGAAAAAAAGAGCGUUACUGGCAGACAAAAUGUGCAGGCAGCCAGAGAACCAGUUCCAGCAGGCCAAGAAAAACCCUCAGACAUGCCUCUUCCAUCUGAACGAACAGCUGAGGAAAAAAUGCAUUUGAUCGUAGAGAAAGAUCUGGCUGCAAUAUGGACUGGAGAAAAGCAGUCCGAGUCUGUCAGUAAUAAAGCCGAAGAGGUCCACGCAGCGCAGGAGACAAGCUGUCAUAGACCAUCUGUGACAAACCUGGAAACAGCCAGCAGAGUGGAGGGGUGGGCGCAUUUUGAGGAGUUUUCAGCGUACAGUCAAGGCAAAAUGCAAAUGGGUCCUGAGAGGAGGCUCUCUAAAGAGGCAGCUGUGAGCAAACAUGUAGAAUUUCAAGGGGUGGAGAUUUUAUGGCUGCAAAAAGCUGAGGAGCAGAGAAGAAAGAAGCACUCGCUGCUGGAGACUGUGUCCGUGGAGAGGAAGACGUUCCCCAAAACGUCCAGCCACCCUGUGCCACCGAUGGUCUCCCCAGGCUUGAUCUCCUCACCAGGCAGCACAUGGAGGGAGGACUGUGAGGACCCGAAGCUGGGACCUGCUGUUUCUGGAGCCACUCCUCUGGUGCUGCUUGAUGAAAGUGGGGAGGAUGAAGUUUUUGUGAAGGAUGAGAACCGCGCCAAGGAGGAGAUGGCAGUGCUAGCAAGAGGCCAGGGCAGGAUGAUGGAGGAGGGCGAAGCAGCCACAGGAGGUUAUGAAGAUGUCCUUGGGCAGAGGCACUCCGAUGUCUCCACUGAUCUGUACAGCUCACAGUUUGAAAACAUCCUAGACAAUGCAUCUUUAUACUACAGCGCGGAGUCGCUGGAGACGUUGUACUCGGAGCCCGAUAGCUACUUCAGCUUUGAGAUGCCACUCACUCCCAUGAUCCAGCAGCGCAUGAAGGAGGGCGGCCAGUUUUUAGAUCGGACGUCAGCCUCUGGGCAGCCAGACGUUCUGCAGCUUCCCCCUGAUGGGGAGGUGAAGGGCUGUGGUGAAGGCAUCGCCAAUGGCUUAAGGGAUGUUAGCGAAACACUCUUCAGAGGAGACGUCACGGAAGUACCUCGUUUGGCAAGCAAUGCUGAACUGCAGACUAUGGUGUUAGACUCCAGUGCUGCCAUGGGGAGCAAUGAACUUCAGGAGAAAGAUGCCACCGGAGCCCUUGGCCACGAUCUCAGCAAUGGCAGCAGCAGCAAUUUGGAAGCAGCCAGGCGCCUGGCUAAGCGUCUUUACCAUCUGGACAGAUUCAAACGCUCUGAUGUGGCAAAGCAUUUGGGUAAAAACAACGAAUUCAGCAAGCUUGUGGCCGAAGAAUACCUUAAGUUUUUUGACUUCACAGGCAUGACGCUGGACUGCUCACUCAGGACUUUCUUUAAAGCCUUUUCACUUAUUGGAGAAACUCAGGAACGAGAGAGAGUUUUAAUCCACUUCUCCAGCAGAUACUACCAGUGCAACCCAAACACCAUUUCUUCUCAAGAUGGAGUUCACUGUCUCACGUGUGCCAUGAUGCUACUGAACACAGACCUGCAUGGCCACAACAUUGGGAAAAAGAUGACCUGCCAAGAGUUCAUUGCCAACCUCCAGGGGAUGAAUGAUGGCAAAGACUUCCCGAAAGGGCUGUUGAAGGCCCUCUACAAUUCAAUCAAGAACGAGAAGCUGGAAUGGGCAGUGGAUGAAGAAGAGAAAAAAAAGCCUCACUCAGAUGGUACAGAUGAAAAGGAUAAUGGGAGCCAGACAAAGGCUGUCAGUCGAAUUGGCAACUCAAAUAACCCAUUCCUGGACAUCCCCCAUGACCCCAAUGCUGCUGUGUAUAAAACUGGAUUUCUGGCUCGGAAAAGCCAUGCGGAUAUGGACGGAAAGAAAACUCCCCGGGGAAAGCGAGGCUGGAAAACCUUUUAUGCUGUGCUGAAGGGAACGGUCCUAUACUUGCAGAAGGAUGAAUAUAAGCCAGAAAAGGCUUUGUCGGAGGAAGAUCUGAAGAAUGCAGUUAGUGUGCAUCAUGCGCUGGCAUCCAAGGCAACAGACUAUGAGAAGAAACCCAAUGUCCUCAAGCUUAAAACAGCAGAUUGGAGGGUCCUGCUUUUCCAAGCCCAGAGCCAAGAAGAAAUGCAGAGCUGGAUCAACAAGAUUAAUUGUGUGGCUGCCGUCUUCUCUGCACCACCAUUUCCAGCGGCAAUUGGCUCUCAGAAGAAGUUCAGUCGUCCACUCCUGCCAGCCACCACAACGAAGCUAUCUCAGGAUGAACAGCUGAAGUCCCAUGAAGCUAAGCUGAAGCAGAUCUCCACUGAGCUUGCUGAGCAUCGCUCCUAUCCUCCUGACAAGAAGCUCAAAGGCAAGGAAGUAGAUGAUUACAAACUGAAGGACCACUAUCUGGAGUUUGAGAAAAAUCGCUAUGAGAUUUAUGUUGGCCUCCUGAAGGAAGGGGUGAAGGAGCUGCUGAGUGAAGGAGAGAACGAUGCACCAGGACUGAAGAAAUCCCAUUCAAGUCCCUCGUUGAAUCAGGAGUCUCCAGUUAGUGCCAAGGUGAAACGCAAUGUCUCGGAGAGGAAGGACUACAGGCCAGAAACACCCAGCAUUAAGCAGAAGGUCACUUAGGGUGGAAAUAACAACUAGGGGAACAGCCAUGCAGCAAAGUACCGGUGGUCAAAAUUUUUUCAUUUAAUAACCUGUCAUUCACAAAAAAUAAGUGCAUCUGCCUGAAUGGGGUGUUAGUGACAUUUUCUAUUGUAUAUUUUGCUGUUUCUGUGCAGAUUGUGGGAGAUGUCUUUGCUCCUGCUUUGCUUUGCUUUGUUAAUUUGUCAUUUAGCAAUUGAAGCAUCGGGACUUUUUUGUGUUGUUCUGUUUCUAAAGGAGGCGGGGGAGGGGUAGAGCGCUGUGACGUAUAUUCUGUCUCUUCCCCGUUUAUCUCCUCCCAUCGGCACGUGGCUUUCAUCUCUCAAGUCACUUGUCACUUUAUUUACGUGGUGGGUGGGAAAGUAACUGGACAAAUGCUGCAGAGCUGUGAAUGCGAGCUGCAGCUGUAAGAAACGCUGUGCAAACGGGCAGCUGCAGAAGGCUGGCUAGAGCCUAAGGGUGCUGGGAGCACUGGUUUCCUGACAAUGCAGGGCAUGUUGGUACUGGUACUUAGCAGCAGGUGCUACAGCAAAUAGUCACUGUUGCUUAUCUUAUUGCAUUGACCCUGGACCCACGAGUGCAACAGAAUGAAACCUGGAAACCUCUGGCAAUGCUGGGAUGACAGCAUUGGAAUAAUUUGUUUGCUUCUUUCCAAGCAAAGAGUCUUCUCCUGAGUUAGCAGUCUGGGUGGUAUCCAAAUCCAUGCUGUCUCUGCAAUCAGGGAGAUUAGAGAUUACCCAGUCGGAAUGAACCUGGGCUGUAAAUUUAUUUGCAGAGGAGGAUGCUGUAGAUGUCAGCCAUUAGUAUUGUAUUUUAAAGGCAAAGGGCCUCUGAGUAGUUUUUAACUAUACGCUCUCACUUAGCUGCUAUAUAGAGCCUUAUGAUAUAUUGUGCCCCGAUGCUUCCCCUUCCAGGAGUGUCCUUGUUGGUGUGCACAUAUAGGUGUUUGCAAUUUCUCUGCUAGUGACAAAGCACUUUGCCUUUUCUCUUCAGGAAGGGAUUCUCCUUAGCUCUCCAUUUUCCUGCUUUAGCUCACAUACAGGUGGAAAAGGCUGGUGCAGACCGGAGAAUGGGACAGACCUGUCCUUGCUGCAGGACAGGGUUUGAUGCUGUCCUGGCUCCUCUAUGCCAGGAGGUCAGCACAAGGCAGCCCCAAGUUUGGCAGAUCCUACCCUCCAUCUGCAGGGAACCAGCCCGCCUUGCACCUCCUGCAUACCCUGCACCAGGCUUUCAGGGCAGGGAGUGCAGGACAGGGAGAGACCACCGUGGGCAGAACUUUCCAUGCCAUCAGUGGAGCCCAGCAACAGGACAAGGGAAAUGGGCACAAACUGGAACACGGGAAGUUCUGUCUGAACACGUGGAAAAACUUCUUUACUUUGAGGGUUACAGCGCAGUGGAACAGGCUGCCCAGAGAUGUUGCGGAGUCUCCAUCUCUGGAGAUACUAAAAAAAAACCUGGAUGUAAUCCUGUACAGCCUGCUCUAAGUGAACCUGCUUUAGCAGGGGGAGGGAGUGGUCUAGAUGAUGAGGUCCUUUCCAACCCCUGCCAUUCUGUGAUUCUGUGAAGGCCCCUGUUUGUGCCACAGACCCUCAGGGGGGCCAGCAGUCUUUCAGGCGUAGGGAGCAGAAAUAUGAUGUAGAAAUCAUUUUCCUGCUUCCCAGCCCCUCUCACCUGGGCGGCGGCGUGGCUCUGCAGAGAGCACUGGCUCACCUGUUACUUAACACCCUGGGUUUUAAUCUCGAGUUUGAUACUGGCCCACAGGGUGAGCUUGGACAGGUCUCUCCCAUUUUGCAUUGCCCUUUCCCUAUGUGGAGCAGUACAACCAAACUGGCCUUUCCCACAGAGUGCUUUGGGAGGUAACGUUGAGGGACAGUUGAAAAUUAUUGCUCUUAUUUUUGUUGUGCCUGGCACAAGGCAGCCUUUCUGAUGGAUGUAAUUCUUAAUGCAUAAAGAAACAUCAAGAUCAAUGCAAGGACUGUUUAGAAAUGUGCUGGUGUUCCCAGCUAAGUAGUUGAAGGGCCACACAUCAAAAAAAAUUACCACCUGAGUGGAUUUCUGCUCUGCCAGACUUCCCGAAGGGUCCAAGUCAAUUAAUCUAGCUUAUUGAACUGCCAGUUCAGUGGGCAGGACAGGGAGUGAUCAAAGAGAGAAGGACCUUAAUAGGCACCUCGUGACUUGCCUCCCCCACUGAGGACCACCGUGCAACAGCUUUCCUGGUGUUGUGCUCACUGUUGGCUGUAACAAGGAUGUUGUGCUCUCAGAUGCCGGGAGGUGUUGGAGCGAAUCGAUCCUUGCAGUUGCAGUCCGUCACCAAAACCAGAUGGGACUGUUUCCAAAUGUGAUGUAGGGACACUCACACAUCUGGCAUCUGCCACUGAAAGUGGCUGCUCCAUGGUAGAAGUCAGGAGGUCAGCCACUAACCCUGGCAACGUUUCUAAAAGCUGCGGAGUCCUGAGUAGAAGCCAACAGUGCUUCCCAAGCACUGGGGCAUUAGAAGUUGUAUACGCUUACAGUGGAGCAAAUGUUCACUCCUCGUCCUGAAGAAGAGAGAUGCCUUCUGGUGCUGGAGCCAAAGUGAUGUGGUGCGGCAUGCUGUGUUAGGAGACUCAGUGUAGACAGGUGCAUGAUAGUGCUCAUUGGGAGGGAUUGUUUGAAUUAAUCAACAUUGAUCAACAGCUCAUGGAGGGGAAACAAAGCCAGGAGAUCCCUGCGGCUGUUCGUCAUGCUCUGGUAGUUUAAAACAAAAAAGCAGAAGAGAGAGAAGGAGAAAUUCAUUUGGGGAAUGCCAAAUGCACAUUUGAGAAGAAAACUUGUCCUGUCUUAGAUACGGUGUUCAGAAGCAUGCAGCAGAAACAAAAAAAAUGUGCAGAUUUGUAAAUGGGCCCUGCUUGGCUGUCAGGGCAGGGUUGUCUAGAUGAGUUUUUUGAAGGCAGGCAGGAACAUGCCCAGCAAACUUCUUGUGAUUAUGGAGUGCAGUGCUUUUAAAAGCAAAGAGGUGACAUUUAACUUUUUUUCCUGUCUUUUAAAAUAUUCUGGUUGCUGUAGACUGCAGCUAAAUUGCUGAUCUCAAAAAGAAAUUGUUCUUGUAAAAUGCGUUUACCAGCUUUGACACAGAAACUGGAUAAUUCCUCUUCAAAGUCAUUGCAGAGGAGAUGAUUUGAAGCAAUAGGAAAAGUCAAAAAGUGAACUGCAAAAAUGUUGGUGUGGUUUUUUUUGUCAUUUUUCAUUAUUUAUUCUCUAUUUCCAUGUAUACUUCUAAAUGGAUUAGGGUAUAUUUUUUAAGUCUCAUCUGGGCUUAGUAAAUGCAGUUUUUUACUGCAUUUUUUAGCCAUUAAACAUUUGUUGAGCUUGGAGCACUCUUGGGGAGACUGCUGAGGCGUGCAGAUUAGUUUACAGAGAAUUUGUCAGGUUCUGCUCAAGUUUUAAUUAAUGCCAUUUUGCUCCAUUGCUUUACAAAUUCUACACAUCCCAGGCACCCAUGUGAAAAUGCUCAUUUCAGAGGCUGAGAGAAAAAGGUGAUCCUGUUGUGAGUGCCUAAGGCUGAUGGAUUCCCUUGUGAAUAGGAUCAUCUACUAAGCAGUACUGUAAUUUGCUUUUUUUCCCCCCGAUGCUAUUGCAAAGGGUGAAGGCAGGUUCACAGGAGGUCUCAGCAGUGCUUCUUCUUGGGUGGCACCACUGAGAGUCUGGUGAGAUAGCUUUGCAUGGUACCUGCUAGCCAGUACCCUGCCUUUCUUUGCUGAAAUAUUUGCCUUUAGCAGAGAUCAGUGCUUGACCUCAGUGACUCAGGAGCUCCUGUUGCAGUAUGUUAGGAUACUCUGCUGAUUUCUAGCCUUCCUCUGGGACACACCAUGGACCUGGUCUCGCUAUUAACAGAGCAUCCUGCAGCUUUCUGGGGCUGCUCAGUGCAAGCAGGAGUUACUGGCAGACCACCACAAGCAUGUGUGCAUGCAAGCCAGCCUUUGCGUUGGUUCUGCAGGGAGGUGCCAUUCUCCCUUGUCAUCUUCCCUGCUGCACCAUGCGACCAUCGCUCAGGCAAAGCCUCUGCCUGCAUGUCGAGAGGAGGGAUGCAAGGAGUGGAGCAGGAUGGGGCCAAUGGGGCCAACGGCCCCUCUCAUCACCCCUGCUCAACAUGCAGACAGAGGUCCUGGAGGGAUGAGUCCUGCUCUGAAGCAUUCCUGGUUGCUCCCCCUCCAGGGGCUGGACCAUCUCCUCUUCCUAGCUGAGGGAGGAGAGAGGACCUUACUGGCUCUGCAUCUGACAGCAGAGAGGUGAGGGAGAAGGACAAAAUUGCCCUCUCCUCACUCAGCAACAAAAGCAGGUGAGAUAGAUACUCUCCUGAAGCUGCAACUGUGCUCUCCUCUGUGAGCCAGCAGGAUGCAGGGGUCUGGUUGAGAUGGUUUCUGUUCAGCAGUGGCUGCGAAAGAGGCUCUCUGGGCUGGCUGUGUGUUUGUGUGCGUCUUGCAGAUAAAUCACGCAUGGACCAGUGAACAUGACUACAGCUUUUUAAUCCAGUAUUUAUGUUGUGUCUUUAAUUGAUGUAGAGAUAAGUCAGCCAGCAGAGUGAUUAAUGCAGCAUUGCUGUGGGGGAACGCUGUUCAGCUGCGAUGCUGACUCAAACAGUUUUUCAUCUAUAGCCAGCCACUUGUAAACAGUUACCAGAAGCUUUCUAAGGGCUUGUAACAGCUCAUCCCUUAAGUGCUUUCCCUCUGAUCCUGCCUACUCCCAGGGUGUUGUCUGUCCACAUUUUGGGUCUCUCCUAGAGAGCAGUGCUCAGUGCAGCCCUGCUUUGAGCAGGAGUUUGGACUAGCAAACCUCCAGAGACUGGAAUUGUUCAGUGACUUUUCACAGCUCCAGUGCCUUCUGGUAACAAGGAUGGUUGUUCUUCUGGCUUUAAACAGCCAAUAUUUUUGCCUUUCUUUGGUCGGGGAGUGAGGUUCUCACUUGAUUAGAGCAGCUCCUUCAGUGAAGAGAUGGUUGUGGCAGUGCAGAAAGGCAAAGGUGGCAGAGUUAUCACUGGGCUUCUGGAGGCAUUGCAUGGUAAUGUUCCUCUUGAAAGCAGGGAAGACUUUCGCUGCAGGCGGCGUACCACUUACCGUGUCUGCAUUCUCUAUCCCUAAAUCAAUUUGGACCUUAUCGCAGUUAGUCUGACAGCAACUCCUCCUUUUCUGUCAAGCUGCUCCUAUCUGUCAUCCUAGCACCUCAGCUGCUUCUGUAUAACAGGUCUCUUUCCUUCCAUGCUUUUAGAAAUCCAGAAAAUUUGACUGUCCCAUCUUGCCUUGAGAAAACCUGCUCUGAAGCAGUGCUGUGUUGAAUGGAUAACCCUGUGAACAGAUUUUUCAUUCUGCUCGUUGGUAGCCUAUGUUUCCAGCCACAGUUAUAGCUGGGAGGUGUGAGACAGAGUUUCAGACUGCCGUGAUUCUCUACCGUUACGCUGCAGGGACGCAUGGUCUCCCCUCCCACACUCAGACCAGACACUUGUGACGUUCCUAAUCUCCUUUCCAGAAGCCUUGGAGGCAGAGGCAACCCGUGCUGUGGGGAAACUUUGAAACACUGUUUUGCAAGGAGUUGGGUACUUUCCAAAUCAGGUCAUACGUUUUGCAUCCUUUUGGGGAGCUGUGUUUAAAAAAAAUUAAAGACUUUUUAAAAAGCCAUUUUCAACCAGUGCCCCCCAAGCACAGAGAGAUGUUAUUGUUGCUGGAAACACCGUCUGCUUUUGCAGAGGCAAAGGCAUUAUACACACCUUAUCUCAAGCAAUCUUCCAGCUUGCUGCUUGUUUAAAGUUUCCCCGGUAUUGCUCCCCAGGCUCUGGGACAUCACAUCUGCUCUGAGAGGGCAGUUAUGAAGUCCACAUUUCUCCCCAGAGCACAACCAGCGUGUGUUCCCAGCAUCUGAUAUCUAGGCUGCCUAGAGGGGUAAGCCAAAGAAGCUGUCUCAGAAAUUUCUUUGAAAGAGCUCGUCUCCAGCUUGUGCUUUGUUAGAGGAUUUUUUUAUUGCACAUAGAACAAGCGUGCCUGGCCUCUCCUCUCUCCCAGAGCUCUCCCGGCACCACAGGUGUAGUGUAGUGAUCUGCUUCACCUGGAGCUUCACCGUGUAGGACCUGAACAUUUGCUCCAGCAAGAAGAGGCUUUGUCAGCCUCCUGAGAAAUGACAUCACCUAAGCUGAGCAGCAGUGCAGAGGACAAACGAUGCUGUAGGAAGACAGUCAGAAAGCCAGUGCCACCCUCUGUGGCUGCUCACCUGCUGCAGACUCUGAGUUUGAGCAUUACCCUCAGUGCUGGGGGUAAUUAGAAAUGCUGGCUUCCUUUUCCACCUACACGGCGCUGCUUGACCAACUGUCUCUACUGCCUGCUGCUUUUCUCCCUUGUGACAGCAGCACCCUCAUUCAGGGGUGACACAGUCCCGUUAUUAGGAGGCUGGUUUAAAGAAGAGCAGGGAGGAGAGGUCCCAAGAAAAUGAGUCCGGAUGCCAUUUGGGAGUACCUGCUCUCCUGUUGGCAAUAUCCAGUUGAACAGUGAAUGGAGGCAGGCUCAGCCCAGCCUGAGAGAAGACACCUUGCUUGUUGUCCGUGCAUUGAGGUUGUAUUUUAUUUUUUUAUUAGAGCACUUCCCUCAGCAAAUGUAAGCAACAGCUUUCCCAAAGGCCGCACCAUUGACCUGACUUUGCUCCCAUGGUCAGAAGGAGCAAAUUUAGGCCAGCUCAAAGCGUUCUCUGUCCUCCCCUUUGCACAAUGAACUACUCUGUAAAAAUUAUAAAUGUUUAAGCAAUGAGGGACCUCCCAUGGCAUCUGCUGUUAAAUCUGGGCCAGGAAUCAGCUGGGGUACAGGCCAAAGGUUCAUUUGGACUGAGAAAAAGUACAUCACCUAGCAAUGCAAGGAUUGAAAGUGCUACAAACUACAAGGGCAGGAUUUUUUUCCGACAUAAACCACUUAAUUAGUAGCCACCCUAUAGGAGUGGUUCUGUAUGUAACUCACCUAAAUGAGACCAUCACAAGAAGAUUAUUUUUGUCGAAGCAGGCAAGGUUUCUGCUUUGCCUUGGACCAAGUGACUAUCCUGGCGUAACCACAGAGCAGCUAGCCAAGCUGCCAUGGAGACUUGGUUUGACACAAAAUCCUCUGACUCCCCUGAGCUCCUUGCUGGGAGAAGGGAGAUCGAUGAUAUCCAGUCUGUGUCACUGCACAGGGCAAACGCUAUUGGUCAUGUAAGUCUUAAAUCACUUACACACUUAUGAAAACCUCAUGCUUAGUGCUGUCAAAUUCUGAAAGACUGUAGGAUGAGAACAGGGGUGGGUUGUGUGGGGUUUUUUUAAUUUGUACAUAUUCAUGACAACUGUAUCCUCUUACUUGAGGCUGGGAUUAUAACUUGGCUAAAAGAACAGAGUUUUUUGGCAGUUUGAAAAAUUUAAAAUCACUACUCUUUGCGUGAGGUACAAUCUGAGGCUUACAUUACAUGGUGAACAUAUUUAAGUGAUGCCUAUAGAUGUGUGUUUGUAUUUCAUAGGUAUAGUAUGGCUUCUGUGGCUCAGCACUCCAAAGGCUGCUGUUCUUUUCUGAGGCUUAUUUUGGUCAAAGCACUUCAGCAGCUGCAAACUUUGUUAGGAUGCUUGUUGUUCUAGUUGUUCUCAAAUUAGCGUAAACAGUCAUCAGACCUUUCACAGAUUUAGGGUAUCCCUUGAGCUGCCUUGAUCUCCAUGUGUUUGUCCAUCAGGGGCUGCCUGUUGUUCCGCAUGUUGAAAGCAAAGGCGUAUAUUUGAGAGGCUGAGCAAGGAUUACUGGGUGUGAUUUUCUGCUAGCUCAACACUGGGCUAACUCUCUCCCUGUUGAUGUCAGCCGAUGCCUGCACCAGGAGUGUCUGUGCUGACUUCUUCUGAAAAUCACACUCCGGGGAUCUAAUACACAGCUUUACUUCUGAAAAUGUUGACCUCACUCUGUGAAAAUUCAGCAAGGGGACAUCAAAAAAAGUGUCCGAGCAGGACAGGUGCCUGUGAUGUCUUCUGCAGAUACAGCCGUACAGCAGUAGUGAGGGUUUCUUUCUGCAACUGCACAUAUUACAGAAGAACGUCUGGCUCAUUGUCAGGGAAGAGCAGCAGGGCUGAAUUCUCACUCUUGGGCAUCUUGUAUGCCUCCCAGAGGUUUCCACUGGGGAGGUUUAAAUAAACUUUUAGCAAGUUGCUGGUCUAAGUAGAAAGACUUAAGGAAACCCAGUGGGUUUUCCUGUUGUGCUCUAGUCAGGGUAACACUAGCAUUAUCUGCAUUAUCCCUGGAAAGGGGGAGCAAAGCCUGAGGGUGGGAUUCUUACCUGGAGUCAUAAAACUCUCAUCAUGCAGUUACCUUGAAGCACUUGAGCAACUUCAGUGAAGCCGUACCUUUGUGCUUCACUGGUCCGUGGCCAGAGUGAUCAUGUCUUGCAGGACCGAGAUGGGAAUGGACUGCAGCUCUGGAUGAAAUGAAGAGGGACAUCCCCAUCACCUUGCUUUGGGCGAGCUGUAAUCCCGUAAUCCUUUUUCAGGUGCUGAGCUUCUCCCUUGGGUUACCUGCCUCCUGUGGUGAUGUAGUGGGAAGAUGAGGGUGAGCACUGUGGCACUCAGAAUCACAGUUAGGAAGUGUCGUUUCCCCUCCAACUGAGCUGUUACAGAGUUGUUUUCCCUCAGGCUGAGAAAGGGGACUGAAUUUUCAGUUAUUGUUGCAUGGUACCUGUAUGGGAAGAGCAACUCUUGUAGUGGUAGUGCAGAAAGACAUUGCACAUGCGUGUACACACACGCUGUGUAUCUCUUGUGUGCAGAACUAACCGUACAGGACCGGACAGCAGUCCUUGCAAGACCUUUCCUCUGGGUGGCCUCCUAUCCCUUUUGCCAAGUGUAGGAACCUUCUUUCUGAUAACCUUGAACUCAAUUUACUCUCAUCACUGAGUUGCCGGAGUGUUUUUCAUGCAACACACUAGAGACGCAGUCCCGGUCUCACUGCUUUGUGGUAACUUCUUGGUCUGCUGUGAAGCAGCAUUGAGGUAAUCACUAAAUCUUCUCCAGCAGCAUGAAACUUGCUGCUCUGACUCUUGAGGUGGUCAUUGUCUCAGGUUUGAGGCUGUCCUACCACCAGGGCACCCCGUUUUGUCCCUGGGAACAUGCAUGGCCAGAAAGCAUACUCCUCAGUGGUCAGAGUCAGAGCUGUGCAGACUUAAGUCAAGCCCUGGUUCAUGGGAGGUGUUUCCACGUGCUGCUGAUGUCCAUAAGGACUGAAACAUACUUGCUUACACAGAGAUGCUUUCCUGAAGCAGAGUUGUCAGUCUUUUCUAUAGGUACCACAGGAUGCCCUCCCUUAUUCUGCUUCAUGUAACUGGUACUAGAAUGAUCAUUUCCUGAUAAAUGAAGGCACUUAAUCAGUCCUCUUCUCCUUGGAAGAAGGACUUUUGGGGAUAUUGUUAUAUCAUUUAAAAUAAUAUUUUGGAAUUUAAGUUUACAUUGCUUUAUUUUUCACUUGAGGUGACUGUAUAUAAAUAUUUUCCUCUAUUUUAUCAUUGCUGAUAAAGUAAGCCUACGGUAUACAGACAAAUAAUUUGCCUUUGAUGUAUUGAAACUGUGAGAUAUAAAGUAGACUCUUCUCUUGUGUCCAUGUUCCUGACUAUAACUCUGUUCCUCUGUGUUUUUAUAAGUUGGAAUAAAUGUUGCUUACGGGCAACAGAGAGCCUGCAAGCCUCCCAAUAAUUUUUAUGUAAUUGAAAUCAAGCAACCCUAGUGAAGGAUCUCACAUAUGUAUAAUGAUAUAUGUAUAUGUACAAACUUUAGAAAGAAAUAAACCAAAUGUAUUUCAUCUUC